CCACUCUCAACACCAUGGCCUUUCGCGGUGAACGUUUCGUUCUUGAUCUGGGCUCUGACGAUGAGUCCCCUUCAGCCGACAGCUAUGAUGGCGCUCAGGGUGCCUCGACCCUCAACAUCCCCGGGAUGAUCGGCGAAAUCCGUGAACGCUCCCCCGCCGCGGCGCCCGCCCCGCCUACUCCAAAACCAACCACCACCGGCUUUCCAGCCCAUCGCCGUCGGGCCAAACCCUCUACAUUUAAACAGCGACGAGACCCAGCUCCGUCUGCAACUGCAUCCGCCUCUGCUUCUGCACCGGGUCCGAAGGAUGAGAAAACGGCCAUCGCGCAGGAAAAUGCGCGGCAACUGGCCUCCAUGUCGGACGCGCAGAUUGAACAUGAGCGCCAGGAACUGAUGGAAACCAUGGACACGUCUCUACUUGAGCGCUUCCUUCGUCGAGCUCGUAUCGACGCCGACGACAUCCCCACUACCAGCUCCAAGCCUACCCGCGAACAACCCGCCGCUACUGAACCAGUCCAAGACAACAAAAAAGGAAAAGAAGCAGCAGCAGCAGCAGAACCUGCUCCUCUUCCACCACCAUCAACAACAGAAACAGCAGCAACCACCAAACCACCCUCCCCCAAGAACGACACCUCCCAAGAUGACGUCCCACCAACCCAAAUUCCCUCGGACCUCCACGCCGCCGCCGAACUUCCCCCCUCAGGCAGCGUACACUUCCCCGCGCCUCCAUCCCAAGCCUCCCCAAUGCCCAACCUAGACCCGUCCUCACCCUCAUUCCUCUCCGACCUCCAAACCCAUUACUUUCCUAACAUCUCACACGACCCCUCCGCCCUCUCCUGGCUACAACCCCCCUCCGCAGACCCCGAAGACCCGGACUCCACGUCCGCCUACCACCCCGCCAGCAACGCCGAAGCCAUCCACCCAGCCAACCUACGCUUCUCUCUCCUCGGCACGGUGCUCUCCCCAUCAACCUCUCUCUCCCUUCCCACGACCCUGGGCCUACAUCAUCACGGCAAAGACCCCCAUGCAGCGGGGUACACCAUUCCCGAACUGGCCAUCCUGAGUCAGUCGACGUUCCCGGCGCAACGGUGUAUCGCGUGGCAGGUUCUCGGGCGGAUUCUGUUCCGUCUGGGGAAGGGCCAAUUCGGAGAAAGGGGGAGUCCGCUGGUCGAGGGGCUGUGGUCUGUUGUGGAGAAGGAGGGUGUUGUGGCAGGUAUGUUGGCCGAAGCGGAUGGUGCGACUCCUGGGACGGGUUCUUCCCGUCGUGCUGGACAGGAGAAAGAAGGUGACGCAGAGAAGGAGACGACGGAGAAUGCUACUACUGCUGGUGCUGGUGGAUCUAGUCGUCGACAACAUGCUAGCGCUACUGCGUGGGCAGUCGAGGGUGUCUGGUUAUGGCAGAUGGGGGGUGGAGGUGACCGGGGAGUCUUGAAGGAGGGAGCGAUUCGAUCUCAGUGAUUGUCAACCGUAUCUUGGUUUAUUAGCGAUUUCAUUAAUAAAAGUUGAAGAAUUCAUCAACAAUCAAACAUGC